CUCCAGGCCAACGGUGGCACAAAACGCCAGAAGCUCUCCCAGCAGAGCUACAUCACCUACCAAAAACAGGGAAUCAGGAGGAGCACCCGGCACAGGAAGGUCCGAGGGGAGAAGGCCCUGCUGGUGUCGGCCAACCAGACCCUGAAGGAGCUGAAAAUACAGAUCAUGCACGCCUUCUCCGUGGCCCCCUUCGACCAGAACCUGUCCAUCGACGGCAAAAUCCUGAGCGACGACACGGCCACGCUGGGCAGCCUGGGGGUCAUCCCUGAGUCUGUCAUCCUGCUCAAGGUAUUGGGGGGAUCUGCCCCAAAAUCCAUGGGGAUCCACCCCAAAUCCACAGGGAUCUGCCCCAAAAUCCACGGGAAUCCACCCCAAAUCCACAGGGAUCCCACCCCAAAUCCACAGGGAUCCCACCCAAAAUCCACAGGGAUCCCACCCAAAAUCCACAGGAAUCCCGCCUGAAAUCCACAGGGAUCCUG